AUGAGGCAAUGGAUAUGGCUUGAGUUGCUGAAGGACUAUGAUGUUACCAUUCUGUAUCAUCGAGGAAAGGCCAAUGUUGUGGCUGAUGCUCUGAGUAGGAAGACUCCUAGCAUGGGGAGUCUUGCAGCGCUUAGUAUUGAGGAGAGACCAUUGAUUUCAGAAGAGAGUGAUGGGAUGAUUGCUUGUAUUGAGGCUCGGUCUUCUUUAGUCGAGCAAAUCCGUGCACACCAGUUUGACGAUGAAAAAUUAUGUCUCAUUCAAGACAAAGUAUUGAGAGGGGAAGCUAAGGUGGCUGUCCUUGAUUCUUAUGGUGUCUUGCGGAUCGGAGGCAGAAUUUGUGUGCCCAGGAAAGGCGAUUCGAUUAGAUUGAUUCUUAUGGAGGCCCAUUCUUCUCGGUAUUCCAUUCAUCCGGGAGCGGCGAAGAUGUAUCAUGAUCUGAGUCAGCAUUACUGGUAG